AUGACAGGAUCCGGAGCAGGUCUUGCUCCUCGACGUUGCCAGCACGGAUACACUUUCGGGCCGUGCCCACAGCUCCAGGAUGGUAGUCUUCCUGUUUAUUGCGCUGCCGCAAAUGGGCAUCUGGAACUCGUCAAGUAUCUACUAGAUCUCCAACCCGAAACGAUCUCUGUGAAUGGCUAUAACGGUAACCUUCCUGUUCAUGGCGCUGCCUUUGAAGGGCAUCUGGAACUCGUCAAGUAUCUACUAGAUCUCCAACCCGACACAAUCUCUGCAAAGAACGAUGACGGUGCCCUUCCUGUUCGUCACGCUGCAUCGAAAGGACAUGUGGAAGUCGUCAAGUAUCUACUAGAACUCCAACCCGAUACGCUCUCUGUGAAGGACAAGAACGGUAGCCUUCCUGUUCAUAGCGCUGCCGAGAAUGGACAUCUGGAAGUAGUCAAGUAUCUACUAAAUCUCCAACCCGACACGAUCUCUGCAAAGAACGAUUACGGUAACCUUCCUGUUCAUCGCGCUGCCUUUAAAGGGCAUCUGGAACUCGUCAAGUAUCUACUAGAUCUCCAACCCGACACGAUCUCUGCAAAGAACAAUGUUGGGAGAACUCCUCUCGGUCAAGCAGUGUGCGCUGGGGAAGCAGGCUGUGUACCCUACUUGCUGGACGUCACCUGGGCUAUGCUUCCAUACGAUGAGGCCAAUGAGAUCGUGGAGGAAGUCAGGAGAAUAGCUGAAAAAAAGGAAAGCAUGCCAAUUUUGGACUUGAUUAAGACCAGCUUGACAUGUGCAGAGUUUGGUAUUGUGCGCUACAACUAUCCUACUGAACUGAUUGCCAAUGUGUGUGGAGCAGAAGGUUCAGGAAAAUCUACCUUCAUUGCAUCCUUCACAGCAAAAGGGUUCUUCAAUAAACUACUACGCAAGGAGCAUCAACCGGACAUGAAGGCAACAGAUUUAGCCUCCAGAACAAAGGGAAUUGAAGAAACCAUGUGGAAGCAAUUGCAGGUAAACGUGCGUUUUCGCGACUUUGCAGGCCACGACCAUUAUUCUGCGUCACACGACUUAUUUGCUGUUGCCAUGACAGCACCAUCUGUUGCCACGAUUGUGGUGGAUGGCACAGAGUCGGUUGAAGAGAUCACAAAACGUGUCAGUGCAACUGCUGCUAGUUAUGCGUGUAGACAAUCAACAUCUGAUGAUGGUUCUGAACUGGACCGCCAACAGCAGCAACCAUUGCCAAUACAGCUGCAGUCGCAAUCACACACACAACAGGCAGGUGGGCACCAGCAGAAACUAGACGUUGUGGCUAUUGCUACACGUGCAGAUCUGCUUACUCCUUUCCAACGCAACCGAGUAGAAAGGGCCGUUGUGGAAGGGAUGAAAUCAUGUUCACAGCGUUUGGAGCUUGCCUUUGUGAGAGUAGUUGAUGCCAGAAAUUCCAGCAGUUCCAGUAUGAACGAGCUGAGGAGAGCAUUCCUACACUUGGUGCACAAAUUACUGGCGGUAAGAGCUAUGGACACAGUCGCAGCUACAGAGUCAUCCUCAUCCGAAACAUGCCAAGCGGCCGUACCAGGAAGCACAGCUGAGGCAGCAGCAGCCACAGCAACACCUAAGGUCUCUGUGGCACAUACAGUGUCGUCCACAGUAGCCGCUACGGCAGAUACUGUGGCACAUGAAGCAGCCGCUACGACCACACUCGCAGAUAACGUGGCGCACACAGUAGCCGCUACAGCAGAAGUCACAGCAGUCGCUACAGGAACAGUCGCAGACACAAUGAUGCAAACCGCAACAGCCAUGGACACAGUCACAACUAUAGAGUCGUCCACAUCAGAAACAUGCCAAGCGGUCGUAAUAGGAAGCGCAGGUAUGUGA